AUGGUUUCCUAUCGCUCGUUAUGGCUUCUGGCCAUAGCGCCUCUCACCCAGUUUGUAUCUGCCCAGCAAGCAACACCUGCACCUUACACCGAUUCCAACACUGGGAUCGUGUUCGACACAUGGAAGGCACCUAGCAUGACCUUUGGUUUCAGCUUCCCCGAAGAUGGACAGACCACCGACGCCGAUGAGUUCAUUGGAUACCUCAAUUGCGCUACUCCAAAAGGGAAGGGCACUGGAUGGUGCGGUCUCUCCUACGGCGGACCCAUGACAAACUCACUCUUGCUCUUUGCCUACCCUCACGAUGGCGAAAUCCUCACUGCCUUCCAAUGGGCUACUGCCCAAGUCGAGCCUGUCCCAUACAAGGGCGACGCUGUUCUGACCCAAAUAUCUUCCAGCAUCACCGAUGAUGGCUUUACUCUGAUCUAUCGCUGCCAGGGAUGCACUUCCUGGUCACAAGACGGAAGCACGGGUCAAUUGGCGACCACGUCUCCGAUCGCAGUACUCGGUUGGGCUCAUAGCACCACGGAUGUGAUCAACCCGGAAUGCCCAAUUGAGGCCCGGAUGCUCCAACACGACACUCAGAGCAUCUUUGGUGGCGAGCUUACUAGCAACAGUUUCAAUGAUGAUUAUGAGAAGUGGGCUAAGCUUGCUACUAAGGUAGUCGAGGGUGAAUGCGACGGUGGUGGGAAGCCCACUUCAACCGCCACCAGUGAGCCUACCGUGACCGCUGCACCACCCACCGGAAGCCCCGUCCCAAGCGAGACAUAUGAUUACGUUGUAGUCGGCGGUGGCGCUGGCGGUCUCCCCAUCGCCGACCGUCUCAGCGAGGCUGGCAAGAAGGUCCUUUUAAUCGAGAAGGGGCCUCCAUCCUCUGGUCGCUGGGGCGGUACCCGGAAGCCAGACUGGCUGAAAGACACCGACCUGACUCGCUUCGAUGUUCCCGGCCUAUGCAACCAGAUCUGGGCCGACUCCUCCGGUAUUGCCUGCCCUGACACUGAUCAAAUGGCUGGUUGUGUUCUGGGGGGAGGCACGGCUAUCAACGCUGGUCUGUGGUGGCGUCCCAAUCCACAAGACUGGGACUUCAAUUUCCCCGAUGGUUGGAAGGCAAAAGACAUGGCCAAGUACGAGCAGCGUGUCUUUGGUCGCAUUCCUGGUACACGUUUCCCUUCGAAGGAUGGCAAGCUAUACCUCGACCAGGGUUUCAACGUCGUCGCUGGAGCACUCAAGAAGGCUGGUUGGAAUGAAGUGAACGCUCUUGAGAAGCCGGCCGCCAAGAAUCGGACUUAUACCCACCCGCCUUUCAUGUUUUCCGGAGGUGAACGUGGAGGCCCAAUGGCGACAUAUCUGGUCUCCGCCAACGCGCGAAACAAUUUCAAACACUGGACCAAUACCCAGGUAAGACGCCUCGUUCGCUCUGGGGGUCACGUUACCGGUCUUGAGGUCGAGCCAUUCGCUGGCGCUGGUUAUGUCGGUACCGUCAAGCUCACUCCCGAGACUGGUCGUGUCGUCCUUGCGGCGGGUACCUUUGGUAGUGCUAAGAUUCUGCUUCGCAGUGGUAUUGGUCCAGAAGACCAGCUCAAUGUCGUCGCCAAGUCUAGUCUCGAUGGUGGCUCCAUGAUCGAUAAAGACCAGUGGAUUGACCUUCCUGUUGGUCACAACCUUGAGGACCAUACCAACACCGAUACAGUCAUCAAGCACCCCAGCGUUGAAUUCUAUGACUUCUACGAAGCCUAUAAUGAUCCCAUUGCCGCUGAUAAGAAUAAGUACCUGGAUGGGCGCUCUGGCAUCCUUGCCCAGGCUGCCCCCAACAUCGGCCCAGUCAUGUUCGAUGAGAUCUAUGGUGCUGAUGGUCGCGUCCGAUCUAUGCAGUGGACUGCUCGCGUCGAGCCAAGCCUGGGUGAGACUAGCAACAAGUCCAUCACCAUUAGCCAGUACCUGGGCCGAGGUGCCAAGUCACGCGGUCGCAUGACUAUCACCAGUGCUCUCAACACCGUUGUCUCUGGUAACCCCUACCUCAAUGAUGCAGAUGACAAGAAGGCUGUUGUGACUGCGCUUGACAACCUUCGUAAAGCUCUUUCCGGAGUGCAGGGUCUAGAGUGGCUCCAACCAGCUCCUGGUGUCACCUCACAGAAAUACGUCGAUGAUAUGGUCGUCUCGUGGAGCAACCGCCGUGCCAAUCACUGGAUCGGAACCAAUAAGCUCGGCAAGGAUGACGGUCGUCAAGGCGGUACUGCCGUCGUUGAUCUUAACACCAAGGUCUACGGCACUGACAACCUUUUCAUCAGUGACGCUUCGAUCUUCCCGGGCAUGGUCACCGCUAACCCCAGUGCCUACAUUGUCACUGUCGCCGAAAGGGCCAGUGACGCUAUCCUGGCCCUACCAGUAUCCAAGGCACAGGGGCAGUACGAGCAAUGUGGUGGCAGUAAGUGGACUGGAAAUAUGCAGUGUAGCAAGGGCUUCUACUGCAAGACGCUGAACCCGUUCUACUCUCAAUGCUACCCUGAUUCCAAAUGA